UUCCUCUUAUUCCCCCUCCCUGUGGGAUAUCGAUUUAAUUGUGUUUUCCGGAGGGGCAUCGGCCGGGUGAUUUAGAGAAUGGAAGUCUGAGAAACAAUCACAGGCCACUCAUUAGACAAAGGUCAAGGUUUUUGAGGGGAUGUGUGCGGAAACGGUCUCAUGGAUAAGUCAAAAUAGUUCAUAUUUAUCAAGCAAUGUGAAGAAAUUGGUUUGUUACAGGCCUGAUGGCCUACCCCAGAGGGUAUAUUAUGAUCUAUUCUGUGAAAGUGGGGUGUUGAACUGGAAUGCAAUUCUGAAGUUAUGCAAUUUGAAUGAAUGUUUCCCGCAAGAUGGGGUGUCUGACUACUUCUCGGCCAUGUCACGUUUAUAUCCAAUAUGUGAUCAGGUCCAUGGCAGUAUAUACCAACUAACAACUGAAGAAUUUAGGUUGAAAUACAAAUCACAACUAAAAAGGACAGGAAAAUCCAAAACACUACUUCAGUGUUUCACUUUACUAAAGUCCGACCAACCAGGUUGCCUCGUGACGUCACUGCUAUUGCUGACGUCAACUCUCGAGCGUCUCCUAGGCGAUAUUUUCCUGACGUUUUCGGGCGAGAAGACGCCUUGUCCGCCUCUGUUAAAGGAUUUGUUAAGGACACAAGAGCUCGAAGCUGUGCUGGGGAAGAGUUUCAUGCGUUGUCUCGAAGUGUUUAUUGGUCCUCCUUGUGGUCUCAAUUUAAGAAAUUUAGCUUGGCAUGGUUUCUUGUCGGAAGGAGAGCUGCCUGCCCAAUAUGUGUCAUUCUUAUUAUUGCUAUCUCUCUCCAUGUUCGAUGUCACGAAUUCUGAAAGCAGGCAGCCUACAAAAUGUUGUGAAAAGCUGAACGAACGUCCGUUAAUAAAAUACUCAGAAAUUUCUCCACUCAGAGACGUCUUUCCGGACAUAACUCUAACGGGAAAACUGCACGAAUUGUUCUCAAGAAGCGAUUUUGUCACGAACUCCAUGGUGCCUUUGUGGUAUUUGGCGCUUGAUUUUUUUCGACAGGAAAGUUACGAUCUUGUCGCGAUGAUUUUGCUGCCCCAGCUGGAGCAUUCAUUACGCAGACUCUACUCAAGUGUCAAUGAGAUGCCGGAAAGAGUUGAAACAGCAGAAUCAGCAGAAUUUUAUACAACUUUUAAUGAGAUAUUGUCUCCCUGUCUCGCCGAUGGCACUCCAAACAAACUUUUCGAUUCUCUCGACUCUUGCUAUAUUGAACUGUUGUUGGACGUUCUUGUCCACCCUGAAGGUCCAAGGCUUCGAGACCAUUUGAGUCACAGCGAGGUCGAUAUACAAGAAUUUCCUAAAUAUCUUGCGAACCAUGUCCUUGGCAUAACCAUCGCUUUUUGUCUGCGCUUUUGCGCCAAGGAUUUUUCACAAACUGUUGGUUUUCCACACAGUUUUUUAACCAUGGACCAUUUUUCAAAAAUAUCAAAAGCAGUCCGGGAAUAUUCUUCGAUUUUUCAUCCAUUUUCCUGUUUACGAAGAGAACUAUCGACCAUGAUCAACAGUCUGACUGAAUGGAAAAAUUUUAGCCGACCAAAUGAGAACGAAUUUCGGGAAAAUUGCAGUGGAGACUUGUGUGAUGUAAUCGAGUGGAAAAGUAUAGUUGAUACUAUUUUGCCCCCAAAUUUGUUUGGAAUCUCUUCUGCCCAGAUGGCUGGGGAAUCAUCGGCGGAAAGUGCUUUGCGAGAGCAGAGAUCAAUUAUCGAUGAGGAAGUAUUGAAGAUGAUAUCGAGGAUGUUAAAUGAUCUGAAUUUGGAUACGUUUUUCAGACCUCGUUUUGAGUUAGAAGUAGUCGCUUUGUUGCGUCAAGUUGUUGAUAAUGGCACUCGAACGUCAAUUCAGAUACAGCAGACAUCUACGGCAAGGUAUAGUGAAUGGGAAGCGAAAAUCCUGAGAUCAAGAAAAAGAAAUAACUACAAACGAUUCUGGGUCCAUCUUCCUUCGAUCGGUCAAACCCUAUGUCUCUUGUCUGCUGUUGUUGUCGGUGAAAUUAUCAACAUCGAAAAACAGACAGGCUCUUGUGUUAGAAAAAAUAAAUUCCUGAAGAAAUGUCUCCAGUGUUCUGAGAACCUCACAAGCUUGUCGUCUUCUUCAAAGAACAGAUGGUUGGAAUGCAAAGAAGUAUGUACAGCAUGGCUGGACCAAGUAAGAAAUUACUUCAGUCAACAAAAUGAAUAAGCCUCUUGAAAACAAGGAUCGAUCAUCAUUGACAUAUAGCCGCGGGGUGAGAAUUAUUGAAG